AACUUCGGUCCGCGACGCCAUGUUGUCAUGCAAAAACGCGUCUACACAAUAACACAAAACAUCUGUUCGCGGCGUCCAUUACGAGACAGUCCUGUCAAACGCCAGCAAAAUGUACAACUAAGUAAAGACGAAGGAAUAGAGUUGAGUUUAGAAAAGAAUACAGUGGCGCCCUCACCAGGCGGAUUCACCUUGCUUUGGUAGCUAUUACGUACUUACAUUCGUUAGCAUUCUCCUGCCGCGCGCUGUGUGCCAACGCAAAAAUCAACAUUGAAUAUAAAAUCUGCAUUUGAGAUUCACGUGAAGUGCUAUUAUUAAAUCGAGAAUGUUGGAUAGAAGCGCCAUGAUGAGACACGCGAAGUGCUGUUGCGUCCCCGUAGAAACGGCCACCUUCAUUUUCGCAGUGUUUAGCUCUGUCAUAUCCGGCUUCGGGACCGUGGCCUUCGCCACCGUCAACACCUGGUACGGGUCCGUCACGGGAGACGAGACCUUAAACCAGUUCUGGGACCGCGACCCGGAGACCGUCCGCAUGUCUAUGGGAGACAAAGUUUAUAACCAGAGGAUGGUCGACUACACUGCGGCUAUGGCGGCCUUGCUGUUUUUCUUCGUUUGCAAUGUGGUGUCCUUUAUUUUCUCUGUGUUCCUGUGCUAUGGGACUAACAAGAGGCGCCCAGGUUUCGUGAAGGCUUACCUGGUGUAUGGCGUGGUGGUGACCAUUCUCAUGAUGGCCGGAGCUGUCCUGUACUCCUGGCUCAUGGAGGAAAUUAUUGUAGGUUCCAUCAUCCUCAUUUCUUGUGGCGUGUACUCGAUGAUCCUCCUGAUGGUCCAGCGCACAUAUGAAGUCCUCCGCGUCGAGCAGAGCCGCAACUCCGCGCAACUGCUGUGCCCCGAGCCUUGCAUGAAAUCUUAAACAUUACAUCGGAUAAAUAUGAUUCAAUGUUAAUGUAUCGCAAACGUUCGUUUUAAUUAUAAUCAUGAAAUUUUAAAGUGGAACUCUGUUGAGGCUUUAAAACAUGAGGUUGACAAAGAAAUCGAUAAAUUUAUUAAUAAUAUAUAUAAUUAUAUAUAUCGAUGAUCUCUGAAACAGCUCUAAGGAUUUCGAUAUUUUCGAUGAAGUUUGCUAUGUGGGGGUUUGUUUUCGGGGGCGAAAAAUCGAAAUCUGAGGGAAAGCACAUUUUUGCGUUUUUAUAGGUAGUCCGAGCAAAGCUCGGUCUCCCAGAUAUAAUAUAAAAACUACCUAAACUUUAAACCUUAAACAUAUUUAACUUUGGGUAAAUUAAAGCAGAAUUUAUAUUUUUGUGAUAAAUAUAAAAUUUGGUGACAAAAAAUAAAAUUGUCAUUUAUAUAUUUACAUAUUAGCUCCAGUGGUAUUGUUAUCACUUGUCAUGUCAUGCGUCUCUUUCGCACUUACAUGCUUGUUAGAACGUGACAGGCAUGGUGACAAAUGGUAAAAAACCUUAUUGUUAGCCCGGUUGUCAUUUAUAUAUUAUUCGAUGUUCCUGGGUUCGAAUCCCGGUACGGGCAUUUAUUUGUGUGAUGAGCACAGAAAUUUGUUGCUGAAUCAUACAUAAUAUAUCGUUGUCUGAGUACCCACAACACAAGCCUUCUUUACCGUGGGACUUAGUCAAUCUGUGCAAGAAUGUCCCUAUAAUAUUUAUUUAUAUUAUUUAUUUCUUAGCAUCCCAAUUACGACUAAAAAUGUAUGACGAUUUAAAGUCCUUUCCGCUUUAGUUGUUUUAAGAAACAUUAAUAAACUGAAUAUUUUUGUAUGAAAGUAUUUUUAUAAAUAUUUAUUACAAAAAUUAAUUAUGCUUUGGCACAAUCGUGUGAAUAAAUAAUAAUUUGAUUAAGCUGCACAAAUUUGAGAUUCUUUACAAUAUUUCGCAUAUAUCUGUUUAUGUAUGUGUUAAUUAAUGAAAUUAAAUAUUUAUUACCUACUAUAUGAAAUAAUCUAUCGUGUUAAAAGUAAAUGUUUAAAAAAUGUAGCUAAAUGUAGGAUGUGUUAGUAAUAAAUAUUCAUAAUUAUAAGCUUUUUAUGAAGUCAGUGUAGAAAACAUGAUAUAUUACGCUAAGUUUUAUUUAUUUUAAGUUAAAAUGAUUUUCUUACAGUAAUUCAAUGGAAAUUAAAUUAUAUCUGAGUAGCAACCCUUACUGAAAACAUAUUGUAAUCGUGAACUCAAAAGGGCCUUGUUUUUUACAAGCUUUUAUUUACCUUGCAAUGUAUGUACGGGUUGACUAUGUAUGUACGGAUCAAAUCUUGCAAAUUAAAUUUGACCCACUUUCCGGUUUCCGAUGAAGCUGAAAAUUUGCAAACAUAUGUAAAUUGGAUGAUCUGAUGGAGACAGAUGGCCAUAGGAACUCUGAUAAAACAACGCAACCUAAUUAUGUUUGAGUUUGUUAGAAUUGUCUCUAUAAGUACUAGUUGACUGUGGAAAGAAAAUUACAGUCAGCGAUAAUAACUUGUAUCAAAAUUGUUUUUUUUUUUUCAAAAAACUUUUCGUACGCAGCUUGGUCCAUUUGUCUCUAGCUUGGCUUACAAUACAACAAUUUUAAGCUUAACCUUUUGACCGCCAAAGACGUCAUAUGACGUGCGCGGCUACAGCCCAAUAUCAACCUUCAUGCGUACCGACAAGGUUCACGAUGACGCGCCGCGUGCGAUAGGCCUGGCGUUCAAAAGGUUAAAUCCCAGGGCCCUCCCCCUACUAGAUGGUGUGCUCAAAUCACUGCACCUAUGCAAUUAAAACUGCACGAGGACAUGCGCCUGGCAAGGAAUAGAAGCCUAUGGAGGAAUUAGAUCUUCAACAGAAGGACAUGAUGUCACGACUCACGAUCCUCAGCAUUGAGGGACCGACUGAAGAAGAAGCUUAAAUAACAGAUUUGAAAAUCGCCUAUGUUGGGCCAUGCUCAGUGUAGGGUUCCGUAGUUACCAUUCUGUCAGAAUAGGCCAAACGGGGGCUAUUACUAAGUAUCAUGUACAUUACAAGCAUAAGGGAGUACCUUCGCAGCACUUUGUUUUCUUUUUACUAAGAAGAGAAGACUUUUUUCUAAGAAGAGAAGACUUUUUACUAAGAAAAGAAGACUUUUUUCUAAGAAGAGAAGACUUUUUACUAAGAAAAGAAGACUUUUUUCUAAGAAGAGAAGACUUUUUACUGAGAAGGGAAGGCUUUUUGCAAUGACUUAAAAACAGAUGGACCGAUCAUGUUCACUAUAGUUUUCAUUGAAAGUUACUAAGCUUUUGUUUUACGAUUCUCUCCAUAUUUUUUGUACCCAAGUUAGAGGGGGGGACACAUUAUUUUUAAAGAAAUAAAACAAGGCAUCGUGUGAAUGUUUGGCUGUGAUAACUUGAAAGCAACACAGAAAUAGUAACUGGGUCUAUAUCACUGUAAAAGUGUAUGUAUAAAAAAAACAGUUUAAGUGGAUAAUCUUUCGAAUAAAAAAAAAUAUAUAUAUAAAAAAAAAAUCAUUUAUUUCAGACCUUGGUCCAUACAGUGUUAGUACGACUUACUCUAAAAAUUAUAUUAUAAUUAUACUAUAUUUUUUAGGGUUGUGUUUUUUUUUUUAUACUACGUCGGUGGCAAACAGCCGUAUGCCUGGUGGUUUAUUUUGAGGUACCUAUAUACUUAUGAUAUAUCGUUUGGUUUUGUAUAGUACUUCUACCGGAGUCUUUAUUUCACUGUUGUAUUGUUUUUUAUUGUAAAAUAAAACUAUAGAAGCGGAUUAGAUAGCGAAUAAUGAUUUUUUUCUACUCGUCGACGGUAAUGGUUGAAUAAAGAUUUCUUAUACUAAACUAUAAUUGCGUACUUUUCAUGUAUAGGCUCCCAACUCAAGUAUAAUAUUAGAUAAAGUAGAGAUAAAACUACGCGAUAAACAUACGCCGGCUCUAACCCUACACCUCUGACCCGAGAUUGCCGAGAAGAUUCAAUUCCCUCCUAAAUUGUAGGAGGUUAUCCGAAGGCAAGAUGCUCGGCGCGACACAACUUUUCAAAACAUUACAUCUUAUAAUUAACAUGCAUUACAUUAAAAAACUUUUUAACAAAAAAUAAAACCGACUUCAAAUAUUAUCAAAAGCGCCAUACAUGUACCUAUAACAUUUGAAGAGUUCCCUCGAUUUCUCCAAGAUCCCAUCAUCAGGCCCCGACUUGGUGCCAACGGGACCAUAUCGGGGUUAUACCCGUUCGUUCUCGGAGAUAUCGAGUAACAUACAUUAAAAAAAAACAGUCGAAUUGAGAACCUCCUCCUUUUUUGAAGUCGGUUAAAAAUACAUUUAAAUUGAUAUGGAAUUGAAAGCUAAUACUGCCUGAAAUAAAGCCUUUUAUUUUAUUUUAUUAUGUUUAUACUAAGAAUGGUCAACGUCAUGCAACACAAGGGUCUCACAGUCUAUGACUUGCUUGUUCAGUCGCCAGCAAAUAUAUCAGACCGGCCAAGGUGUCCACAAAUAUCUGAGCACGCCUCUAAUGUCAAUGCGUUAGAGGGCCUGUUCAGAUAUUUGUGAACACCUCGGCCGCUCCGAUAUAUCUGAUGGCGACUGUUCCUUUGUGAAACAUAUUUUUGCCUGCGGUAUUUCCGGACCCAUACGACCUUCAAACCUUCAAGAAAAGAGCGUACUCCCAUCUUAUAGGCCGGCAACGCACUUACAACCUCUCUGGUGUUGCAAGUGUCCAUGGGCGGCGGUAAUCGCUUUCCAUCAGGGUGAUCCGUCUGGUCGUUUGCCUAAACGUCAGGAUGUAUUGUGUUAUAGAAUUAUACGUCAUAUACCUAAUCCAUUUCUAGUUUUAUUUCAUAAGUAACCAUCGCGAUAACCGAAGACAACGUUGUAUUGUAGUUCAUAAUAAUAUUUAAUAAAAUAAAUUGAGCUUAUCGAUGUUUUGUGAUUAUGAUUAAAUAAAUUAUGUCUAUAGAAA